ACAGUCGGAGAGUGGUUGGAUCAGCACUUCUCAAUCACCGUAACCGCCUCAAUUACCCAAACUAAUCGGUCACCGCAAAAAUCUCAGACGACCACCGGUCUCUGUAGCUCUUUCUCAACCGCAUACCUCCGCCGCCACAACCGGGAGUAACCGCGCUCCACACGUGCCAGUGACGCGACGGUUUCUGGUGUGAAGUUGAAGAGAUGGCGGAUGAUCGAAUUUUUGUGCCCUUAUCCUUAGUCUCGCGGCUGGCCCUCGCGUUCGACGGUGCUAUUUUAGGCGUGGUCCUAGCAUGCUCUGCCGUUCGUGCUCUCCUUAAGCAUAGGUCUGCCUCCUCUGCCCUCAGUAAAAUCCAGAGCGCCCCAUCCAUUAGCAUCGGCGACCUUCGCAGCAUCAUCAGUGCUGAGCAAUCUGAGUCGUCCGAAGAGCCCCUCGUGGUUGUACGCGGAACCGUUGGCGUCAAACCAGUUGUGGAGGGCGGGAGCUGGAGGAGUCUUAAACCUCAUGUUCUAGUCUCGCAAGAGUCUAGGGACAAAGCUGUGAUUAUACAGAGUAUGCAAACAUGUAUAUACAGUGAAUGGAAGGGCUUCUUUGGAUGGUCUUGUGAUGUACGUGCUAUGCUUGGAGAAUCUUUGAAUAAACAAGGUUCAACUUCACUGAGAAUGGUUCCUUUCAUUCUUGUUGAAGGUGAUCAGUGGCUCAAUGUGAACUUGGUUGGCUCCAAACAUCCCCUACCUCUUACUACAGUGUAUCACCAUGUGCACCCUAUCAGUGCAUCUCGUUAUACAUUUCUUCAGGCAUUGUUUGGUCAUGAAUAUCCUGUUGGGCUGCUUGAUGAAGAGAAAAUUCUUCCAUUAGGAAAGGAAAUCAGUGCUGUAGGCAUCUGUAGUUUCAAUGAUGGAGUAACUGAAAUCAAGUCAUGCAAGGAGCUUCCCUAUUUUCUCUCUGAAUUGACUAAGGAUCAGAUGGUAUUAGAUCUUGCAGUCGGUACAAAGACACUGUUGUGGAGUGGAGUUGUACUUGGUUUAAUUUCUAUUGGUAUACUUGGCUAUGCUGUUGUGAGGAACUGGAACAAAUGGAAACAAUGGAGGCAACAAAGUCAAAGACAGCUUCCACAACCAAGUUAUGAUGCUUAUGAUGAUGAUUUGGAAUAUUUGGAGGAGACAGAAGUUAUGGACAAUGAGCUGUGUGUAAUUUGCUUGAUGAGAAGAAGAAGAUCUGCAUUCACCCCCUGCGGUCAUCUUGUGUGUUGUCCACGCUGUGCCCAACUAGUAGAAAGUGCAAGCCAUGCAAAAUGCCCUGUUUGCUGCCAAAAAAUUCGAAGUUCAUUGCGAAUUUAUGGUUGAGCACGGGGUCUGCUGGUAGUUAAGGCAUGGAAAUGGAAUGGACUGGAUCCCGCACUGCCAGAUUCAUUAGUUUUCCUUUUUCUUCCUCAAGAAUGCAUAUUAUACAUUGUUAAUAUGUCCAGGUAGGAUUUUAGGAUGUAGCUCAUUCUGAAGUAAAUAAUAUUGUAGGUUCCCUAUAUUUUCCUGCAAAGCUUUAAUAUGCUAUAACCCCUACUAGUUAAAGCAUCAUGCUUUCUACCUUAUGAGCCAUGAAAGAACCUUUGAUUCUUGUAACAGUUGGGUAAUGCUUGGUUCAUGGUAUGGCUAUUUGAUGGUUAUUUCCUCCUGGGUAAUAACCAUUUAUACCUUUUUCUUUGUAUUGAAUAACCAUUUCUAUUUUAU